AACAUGUGGGCUUCGGCCAUGUUCUGCUUUUAAAUAAGGAAGAAGCGGGAGGCGUUAAUGCAACUUUGUGUACUCAAUCUCAUUCACAGAAUCGCUUACGGCUUCUGAGAAAUUCGAGUCAGUAAGGAAAAAAUAUCCAUAACAGAUGCUAACACACGCGCGCAGCUGUUUGGAGCCCGGUGCACUUCAGAUGUAAUUAUUCCUGGGCUGGUAUCUCGCGUGUUAGCCGCUGGUUAGCUGGUUGAGCUAAAGAUCAGCGGUGUGGGUUUAUAUGAACUAGUUUAGUCGUGUUUAAGUCAAGGAUUUAGUUUACUUUUAUCUAACAAAGCUGGUUAGCAGUGGCAUGCGGAUGAAGGGCAGAGGGAGCCCGCGUUUGGGACUGCGCUGACAGCCCGAAAGACUUAACUUACCCGCUAGAAUAGAGGCUUUCAGUCUUUCACUAUGUUUAAUAAGUUUUACGAGUGGAUCGGAACCGGGAUCGCCAGUCUACGAAACGGUGCUCCAGCUGAUGGGGUUCAAACCGGUUCCGUGAGAGUGGAUCAGGACGGGACAUCACGGAGAAAGAGACCACUAGACUGUUUGGAAGAUGGAGAUUCAGUUGAUCAGGAGGAGGAGAGAGUGGUGAAGAAAUUCAGAAUGGGAGAUAUUAUGGAUACAGUGAAAAAUGCAGCUGAAGGAGUGAAGACCCAUGGUUCGAGUGUUGCAUACUGGGUAAAGAACAGUGUCAUACCUGCUUCAGGGAACAUGCUGCCAGCAUCACCGAGUCCACCUCAAACAGCAAUACCAUCAGAACCUGCAGCCAAUUCUGCAACAUCAGCAUCUUUGAGGGUGGAAAACAAGUUUGCAGAUCGGUCACGUGAUAUACUUGAAGACACAUUUGUAGCUCCAUCUAGUUCAGUUGACUGGAGGACUGUCACAAAAUCAGAUUCCUUCUGGACUGAAGAGUCAGUGACGAUAUCAAAAGCGAGCAGAAGACAAGUUUGUAUGGCCCAUCCACUCCAUGAGACACACAAAGCUAACGGACACUCUGUUAACUUACCCCCUGCUUCCACGCCAAAACCUUCCCCCUCUCCCCGCUUGGGCAGAUCUCUAUACCACCGACCACAAAGCUUUUUGUCAUCAUCUGACACCAGUUCAGGAAAAGCCACUUGUACUAGCUUGUAUGAGAAGACCUUUCCCAUCCGAGUGGUCCAGAGUCCUUCACAUGGCAGCUCAAACCGCCUCCUCCGGGCCAGAGCACGCUGUACAGCACAGGAGUCGGUGCGUGAGGAAGAAAAGGAGGUUUACAGGCAGCUCCUAGCCGUGGUGUCUGGUGGCCAGUCGACCUUCCUUCAUGAUGGAAGUUCUCACUCCAGCAUUCGCUCGCAUCGAGAUUUCUCCAGCUUCCUGUCGUCCAGUCGUAGUCGUCUUCAUUCUGUCUCUCCAACAAGCUCCUGUGCUGGAGUGCCGUCCUACGGGUUGUCCAGUCUGCCUCCCAGCCCCCAGCCUGGGUCCAGCCAGGCGUCCAGUGCCCUGCCCAGUCCUGGUGCGUCUCCCAGCAUUCCAGAGCCUCAGCUAUGGGCCCACGACCUUGAGCCCAGCGCAAAAGAACCAGCCGUUCUCUCAGCUCCAUCACCAGCUGCCCUUCAGGAUACCUCCUCUCAGGACACACAGUCAUCAGCUCAUGAUGGAGAUUCAGUCAUUUUUGUAAAAGAGAAGCAGGGCAAGAAGCGUGAAAGCUCAAGUGUGCCGUGCUUCCAGGCUGAACUGUGGAUCAAAGAACUGACUAGCCUCUAUGACUCUCGAGCUCGGGAGCGACGGAGGUUGAUUGAAGAGCAGGAGGCUCUGGCCUCUCAGCUGCUGCGCCAGCGCCUCUCUGGAGAGGGUCGAGCCAUCCCAGCGAGUGUUGAGCUUAAGGUUCGAGUCCCUCUAGAGAAGGAGGUUCCUGUUGCUGCUGUUAUCCAAAAGCCUCAGCCUAUUAAAGAGGAGCCAGAAUUCCCAGAGUUAACAGAGGACAUGGAGAAGGAGGUGAACAGAGCUCUGAGAGGCGGCAGUCAGGAUGAGGUUCUCAGCGAAGGCUUCCGCCUCACCAUCACCAGAAAGGACCUUCAGACGCUCAACCACCUCAACUGGCUCAAUGAUGAGGUUAUUAAUUUCUACAUGAACCUGCUGGUGGAGCGCAGUAAACAGCCCAACCUGCCCUCCGCUUACACCUUCAACACCUUCUUCUUUCCCAAGCUGCGGAGCUCCGGCUACAACGCGGUCCGCCGCUGGACCAAGAAAGUGGACAUCUUUUCUGUAGACAUCAUAUUGGUGCCUGUCCACCUGGGGGUGCACUGGUGCCUGUCUGUGGUGGAUUUUCGUAAGAAAAGCAUCACUUACUUUGAUUCAAUGGGAGGAAACAACGACGAGGCCUGCAGGAUAUUAUUAAAAUAUCUGAAACAAGAAAGUGAAGACAAGAAGGGGCAGAACUUUGAUACCUCAGAAUGGACUCUAAAAAGUAAAAGACCCAAUGAAGUUCCUCAGCAAAUGAAUGGAAGUGAUUGCGGAAUGUUCACAUGCAAAUAUGCUGAGUACAUCACCAAAGACCGGCCAAUCACAUUCACACAGAAACACAUGCCCUAUUUCAGAAGACGAAUGGUAUGGGAGAUUCUGAACCAGAAACUGUUGUGAUUGGAAGAUUCUUUUGUAUAGAACAUUUUUUAUUUGGCUUCUGUGCACUUCAGGAACCCUGAAACAAACGCGGGAUGCCCUCUAUCACCGGUCGUUUCUAUGCUGUCUAAAUGAUACUUAGGAAGUCCUCAUGCAAGUGGGACACAGUCUCAUCCUUUAAGAGUCAGGGCAAUGGUUUUCUGUCCCUUUAUAAUUCCCUAUAACUUGACAUGCUUUUGCUUUGUCAGCAGAUGUUGUUUGACUAUGGAAGGAUGUUAUUUUCAUAUUUUCAGUCUUUUCUUGUGCUGCCAUUCUACUGCAGUAGCUGUCAAAAUAAGGCCUGUCUUAAGAUGAUUUCAAAUGAUCAUUUGUGUUAAUUGGCAGGGAGUGUGCUUGAUCUCAAAUCAUGAGAAGUCAUAAAUAUUGCAGUAAUAUGAUGAGUGAGAUUUACAUUGAUGUCUUUUCACUCUAGGACUAGUGAAAUAGCUGGUACUGACAAUCACAGACUCAGUGGUUUUCUAAUGAAAAACAGCAGUUUACUUAAUAUUUGUGAUCUUUGAUACCUGUAUGUUUUAUACAGAUGCGGUCAAGAUAAUUAACUAUAAAAAUAUUUUAAGUACGAAAGACUCCAUUAGUCUUUUUUUUGGAAAGACAAUUUUUUUAAACUUAAGUGAGUUUUGUGGUUCUUUUUUUUCCUAGCGAUGAUGAAACACAAGAACACAAAUGUGCUGCAAUGCUUUUGACUUCAGUAUGUUUUGGGAUGGAGUUCUGCCUUUACAGACAUGUGAUUAUUUUUAUUUUAUUUUUUUUAUCAGUAUUUGGUGGCUUUGUAAUAACUUGGAAGUCUUAUGAUCAUUUCGGUCAUCUCAGACAGGCUGCACUUAACAUUUAUUUGCCUUUUCACAACCCAGCAGUGUCAAACAUUGUUUUUUCUGUUCUGUUCUUACUUGAGGUUACUCUGUUCUUCCAUUUGUGUAAGAGAAAACUAUUUUUGGCAACUGUUUCUAGAUUUUUUCCCCCCUUGCAGGAUAUUGACAAUUAUUGUAUAUACAGUGACUAUACGGUAAAACUGAAGACAUAUUUAAUACUCAUUUUGUACCUUUUAUUAUCUGUUUUUUGUAUGAGGAACAGAUCUUACUGGAAAUAAAUUCCUGAGCUUAUGUGUGUAUCAGACGAUAAAUGAAAUAAUUUCAAAUGAA